AUGGCAAUGAACGAUUCCAGAUCCGAGUAUGAAGACCUCAGUUGUGCCAAUGCUGCAGGUCUACAGCCACUCAUGCUUGCUUCUUCCAUGCCCAAGAGGGUGUCACAAGACACUAUCGUCGCCGUUCUCGAGGCUGCAAUGCGCCAAAUCCGAUCCCAUGUGCCCGGGAUGGCCGGGAUGGCCGGGAUGGCCGGCAAAGUUAUCAAUGUCGGUAAAGGCCCGGGAAACCCAGGGCGAUAUGCUGUUGCUUCCGGCCCACUCCCAGAUCUUCUGAUCGUGGUGCGCGAUGAUUUGCACGCCUUCCCUCCUUGUCUUGAAGAACAUGCAGGAUCCCGGGCUGGAUUUAUCAUCGAGAGCUUCUGGAGAGGUAUUGCGAUCGCCAGACGGCUUCUAUGAUCGAGCGGGAGGGAAUUAAUCGAGUGCCCAUCAAACUGAAGGAUUCUCGUGUGGUGGUCGAGGAGGUUUUGAGGGUUGCGCAAAAGACGGGCUCCGUGGUACCUUCGGCGAUGGAAGGGUGAUGGCCUCUUGAUGGCGCCGCCAUCCCUUUGGAUCGUCAGGGAAUGGCUUUCGUAUUUCCCUUCCUAUAGGACUGGAUUGAGCCACCCUAGUGGCAGACAAUGUACUGACAUGCGG